AUGAAUGAAGAUGAUGCUGACAUUGAGGUUAUUAAUUGUUCUCCAACUUUUGAUAAUGAAUUAAAUUUCUCAAAUCAUUGUGUUAACAAGAUCAACAACAUGCUAUCAAACAAUUUAUUAGAAGGCAAUAAAAAUCAUGAUGAUGAAGAAUUUAUUGCUGUUGGAAAAGGACUUGAUAAUGGAAUUGUUAAACAAUUAACAAAACAAAAAUGUUUUGCAUUAAAUUAUCAACUUUGGAUCUUUGAAUUGUAUUGUAAGCCAAUAGAUGAUGAACAAGUAAGGAGUUUAAUCAAUGAAUUAGCAGAGUUAAUUCCUGAAACAAAUUACUACCAUUCAUUAUUAACAAGAAAAAAAGCUAUGUCAGAUUCUUAG